AUGGUCCUGCCCGCGGGGGACCGGCCGGGGGCCGACGCGACCCAGGCCCUGGGCGCGCUGUGGGACUACCGCGUCUACGCGCGUCGCUGGGUCUUUCUGCUGGUGCUCAGCCUUCUCAGCUUCUCCAACGCCACGCUGUGGCUCAGCUUCGCACCCGUGGCCGACAUGAUUGCCCACCACUUCCUCCUCUCCACCGAGCAGAUCAACUGGCUUUCGCGAGUCUACCUCGUGGCGUCCAUCCCGUCCGGCGUGGUGGCCAUCUGGGUUCUGGAUUCUGUUGGGCUCCGCUGGGCAACCAUCGUGUGCGCAUGGCUGAACUUUGCCGGGAGUGUGUUCCGAACCUUGCCCUUCAUGGUCGGCGGGAUCCAGGACCCAUUUGCCUUCCUCAUGGGUGGGCAGAGCCUCUGUGCCCUGGCCCAGACCCUGGUCGUCUUCUCUCCGGCCAAGCUGGCUGCCUUGUGGUUCCCCGAGCACCAGCGAGCCACGGCCAACAUGAUUGGCACCAUGUCAAACCCCCUGGGCAUCCUGGUGGCCAACCUGCUGUCACCUGCCCUGGUGAAGAAGGAGGAGGACAUCCCCAUGAUGCUGGGCAUCUAUAUCAUCCCUGCCGGCAUCACCUGCCUGCUGGCCACCGCCUGCCUCUUGGAGAGCGUGCCCCCCACCCCACCCUCCGCCAGGGCCAUCCACUCCACCUCAGAGAAGUUCCUGGAUGGGCUGAAGCUGCUCUUGUGUAACAGAGCCUAUGUCGUCCUGGCCGUGUGUUUCGGGGGCGGCAUCGGCAUCUUCUCCAGCUUCUCGGCCCUCCUGGAGCAGGUCCUUUGUGUGAGGGGCUACUCCAACGAAUUUAUAGGCCUUUGCGGGGCUCUCUUCAUUGUGUUUGGGGUCCUGGGGGCCCUGGUUCUCAGCCUGUAUGUGGACCGGACCAAGCUCUUCACCGAAGCUGUCAAGAUUGGCUUCUGUCUGACCUCCGUGGUCUGUGUGGCCUUUGCUCUGGUGUCUCAGCUGCAGGGACAGACCCUCGCGCUGGCUGCCAUCUGCUCACUGCUUGGCCUCUUUGGUUUCGCGGUGGCACCCGUUGCCAUGGAGCUGGCCGUUGAGUGCUCCUUCCCUGUGGGUGAGGGUGCGGCUGCGGGCCUGAUCUUCGUGCUGGGGCAGGCCGAGGGCGUGCUCAUCAUGGUCCUGCUGACUGCCCUGACCGUGCGCCGCGCGGAGCCGUCUGUCUCCACCUGCCAGGAUGGCCAGGGCCCGCUGGACUGGCAGGUGUCCAUGCUGCUGAUGGCUGGCCUCUGCACCCUCUUCAGCUGCUUCCUGGUUCUCUUCUUCCACACACCAUACCGGCGCCUCCAGGCUGAGGCCAGUGCGAGCUGCUCCAUCCAGGAGGACAUGUCCCCUGCGACCAUGGACCGCGAACCCCACCCUGCAGCCACCCCCUGAGGCAUCCACACGACCUCCGGCACUGGCGCCCUAGGAAGCUCGGGGCCACUCAUCCCUAGAGCUGUUCCCCUGGCCCCACCUUCUUGUUCCUGGGAGCCCUGAGCCCCUGGAACCCUCAGGACUUGCAGAGAUGUCACAAGGGUCCCUGACGAGAUCUGGAAGCUAAGAGAGCAGUUAGCGCAUCAAGAAGUGGUUCUGGGGACAUGAAGGGGAGGCCAGGAGAGACAGGCUUUGGUCACAGGGUGACAGCUUCAUGCAGGUGCCGGGGGGACUUGGGGCAAGGCAGGGUGGCCCAGAGAGGACCCUGUGGCUGUGGCAAGAACUGCUGGUGCCGUGCGACAAGCAGACACCCCAGUGGCCAGGCCAGACCCAGGGUGGCUGGUGCUGGAGCAGUGUAUGGGAGUGGACCUAGCAAGAGAGACAAGAGCCGAGGGGGACAUGGAGGGAUUGGGGGCCUUGGGGGCCCCUAGCAUGACCGAGUCUGGAGUCGACCAUGGUGAGAAAGGCCGUGUUUGGGGGAUCCCAACCCGUAGCUUUACUCAACCUCUGCUGACCACGGAGUGGCCUAAUGCCCUGGGAUGAGUGCUAGCACAGUGGGGGAGGGGGGGGGAGCAGGCUGGGUGGGGAGGGGAAGCAGAGGGAGGACCCCACAGGCAGAUGCUCCCACCCCAGCAGGCCCUUCCCCUCCAGACUCUCCUAGUUCCAAGCAAACACUCCCACCCACAGUGGACCCUCCCCACACUCUCCCUGCCAAGGCAGACACUUCCCCCACCCAGGUGGAAGUUCCCCACCUGCAGACUGUCCCACCCCCAGGUGACGCGUCCUCCGCUCCCUCUGCAGACACUGGCAGGCAGGUUUGUGGGUUCAUGUUUAUUGAACUGGCUGCAGCCCAGGUGGGGACGGGGCCAUGCCCCUCACUCCUCCUUCUCCUCCCCGUGGGUGAGCACGUAGCUCAGUGCCUUGUAGUCCAGGUUGCCUGCAGCAUCGAUGGUGGCAAACUGGAACAUCUGGUCAACCUGCAAGCCCGGGUGGUGUGGGGGCGGGUCAGGCCCAGGGAGGAGGGGAAGGAGCAAAAUGGUCCGCUGAAUUACAGGCAACUCACUCCAGCCAGCUCCCAGUGUUGUUUUUGCUUGUGGGGAGCCAGGGGUGGGACCAGGGCCCAGCCACUGGGUGUCCUACCCACCCUGAUGGUGCAGCUUCUGGAGGCCCAGGGAGUAUCCCCCCUGGAGCCCAGAGGGCCGCACUGGAGCUGCACAGAGGGCCAUGGGGGAGGGGGUGGGGCGGGGGCGGAGUGGACCGUUACCUCUUCAGCGGUCAUCUUGUCUGCCUGAGACAUCAACAGCCGCUUGAUGCUGAGGACAAGGAGGGAGAAGCCAAAUUAGGCUGCUCUGAAGAAAGGGACCAUCACCAGAAGAACCGGAGGGGUGGCCCCAGGGGAGCCCCGUGACUUGGCUCUUCUGUGUGGGAUGCCUCAAGGCGGGGACGCUCACCCUCUAGUCCCACCCACUCACAGUGCAGGUGUCUUUUGGAAGCCUGGCUCUAGGGGGAGUCCUAGGCACCGGGGAGUGGUCACUGGGAGUCCUUCCUGACACUCAGGGGUCACUACCCCUUGUGGGGGGCUCCACCUGCAGGGAGGAGACUGAGGAGGGAUUAGAGGCGAGUGCCUGGCACACCAAAUGUGCCCACUCCCAGUGCUUGGCUGAUGUAGCCCUCAAAGGGGGUUCAAGACCCAGUGAUCGUACAAGUGGCAUGACCAGCUGGGUUACUGGGUGCCCCGGCCUUGGUGUGGGUAGGACUGGUUUUGCCCUCAGUUACCCUGAGGGACUUGGGACCUUGGGGCAGGCAGCCCAACACCUGGACCCUGGGGCGGGGGGGGGGGGCUUGGCGCCCCUCAGGAGAGAUGCCCAGGUUGGGGGGGGGGCUUGGUGCCCCUCAGGGGAGACACCCAGGCGUUUGUGACCAAACUCACUAGUCCUUGUUGAUGCUGCCUUUGCCUUCAGGAUCCAGCAUCUUGAAGGCAUUUAGGAUGGUCUCUUCGGCAUCCGUACCUGCCCACAAAAGGCCUUGAACCAGGGGCUUUUAGGGCUCCAGUCCUGCUCUGGGCCAUCCCAGAGCCUUCCCACCUCCAGCUCCUGAGCGCCUGGGAGACUCUGCAGCUCCCACCCUGAUGGGACUGUUCUGGGGUCCCUGGAGUUCUACCCACCCUGAGGGGACUGUUCUGGGGGUCCCCAGAGUUCUACCCAGGCCCAGAGGUGGAGCGAGUGCUCAGCGAGUGAGGGACAGAGGCUGUCGCCAGUAGGCAGAUGGGAGGUAGGCUGGGCGUGUGGCCCACAGAUGUGGGUACCAGAAUGCUAGGCUUUUCAUCAAAUUGGAAAAUUUGGAUUUUUAUGUGAAAUGCCUGGGUUUGUAAGUGUUAGGAGCUAACGAAAUACAGAUGGCUUUGGCAGACUGGCCUGAAGGCUGCCCCUGGCCAGGGAGAAACCUGGCUCCAUGGUGCUCCCCACCCCAUGGUUCUCACCCGUCAGCUUCGCCCCAAACAUAUUCAGGAACAUGGUGAAGUUGAUGGGUCCCGAGGCCUCCUUGAGCAUGGCAUCCAACUCAUCAUCCUUGAUGUUGGUUUUGCCUGUCGCCGAUACAAGACCGGGGACGCUGGGUAGGAAUGUCACACUCACCCUGGCUGUUCUUGUUGUUGAUGUGUCUGCUGUCCCCACUGGCCUCCCAACUCCAUCAUUCUCCAGGUGACCCCAGAAUCAAGUUGGGGAGACCAGAAGGAGGGCAGUGAGCAGAUGGGGGGGACACUUGGCCCAAGGGUGGUGGGGUACAGGUUCUGCACGUCAGCAUAACCCCAAAACCUGAGCCCCGGGGAGAUGGACUGCUGAGGAGGAGGAAGAGGCCACGCAUGGAGUCCAGGGAGACUGUGAUCUUACCUGGGUGUAAGGGGGCCCAGAGGAAAGAAACCUACCUGUCCUCCCCUGGGACUGCCUCAGGCUGAGAACAUGGCCCCAGAUGGGAAGUUGAGGGGGAAAGGGCCAGUCUUUGGCUCUUCAGAGGAGCAUAAGUUGGCUCCACAUUCUCCCCCGGGUCUGUUUCUGGGCUUCCUUAGCAUGCCUGGGGGCAGGAGGGCAAGCCUCCCCGUGCAGUGGUGUCCCUCUGGGAGGUUGGCCCUUCCCUGGAGCUUUGGUCCCAACCCCCCCAUCCAUGAUGCCUGUGCUUGGGCAUCUAGUGAUGCCCUGGCCAAACCAGAGAGGGAUUUCUCCCCCAGGGGAGACCCGGCCCACCUCCUCAUGGCCCAUGGGACGUGGGAUGUCAGGUCAGGCUGUAGGGCCCAAGUGUAGCCAGGGCUGGAGGACAUUCUGAGGUGGGGUGUGGCGGGGUUCUGCCCCACGGCACAUACCCAGGGAGGCAUAGGUGUCCUUCAGAUCCUCCUUGUCAAUAAAGCCAUCUCGGUUCUGAUCCAUCAGUGUGAAUGCCUGAAACCGGAGCCAGGGUCACUAGGUUGCCAGGCCAGCCACACCAUGUCAGGACAGGCAUCUACUCUCAUUGGCUCUGGAGCGAGGCUCCCAUAGGGUCUUUGGGUCACCUGCCUUAUGAUUCCCAGAGGGCCCCUGAGUCAGGAGCUUCUGGGUAGAGGGGACCUGGGACAAGAGCAAAGCCUCACCUCCUUGAACUCCUGGAUCUGGGUCUGCUCGAAGUUGGAAAAGACGUUGGAUGAUGCUCUCUGGGCCCGAAGGCCCCCCCCUUCCUUCUUCUUGGUCUUCCUGCUGGCCUAAUGUGAGAACAGCAAGGCUGAGGGCCCUCCAGGCUGGCAUUUUGGAAGGCAAGGCAGAGGACGCAGGGACUAUAGCACCAGGGGCUCCGGGGGAACCCCAAGCCCGGGUCCCUGGGCUGGGAUGGCUGUAGGCGCCCGGUGUGGGUGUGAGGAGCCCUGACAGCACAGCACCUGCAGCUCAUCUCGAGCUUUGCCCUGCCAUCCAGCCAGGAGGAACCAGCUGGGCCUGAAUACCCAAGGAGCGGAUGGGUUGUGCAGGUGGCCAGCAAGUGGGUGGGGCUGUUCUCGGGACCCUGCCAGGGUGAAGGCCCGGGCCCUCGUCUCUCAGCCCCAGACCUGCAUGGAGACGGCCACGGAGCACAGAUUUCCUCCCCACUGCACACACCCUCACACAUGUAAACAGACUCAACUUGUGUGCACACACACACACACACACACACACCACACGCUUGUGCAGGUGACGCAAGUGUACAUAGUCACAAUCGCACACUGUGCAUAAACACACACACACUCACACUCGCUCCUGCCCCAGUGGCCUACGGGCCACACUCACCAUGCCUAGGUCUGCCUGAUGCGAUGGUCUGUGCCCUCCCUGCCUAGGUCGCCUGUCUUAAGCUCCUACCCAGUCCCCCAGGACACUUCGGGCUCCGGCUGCCGCUCCCUACAAGGGCAGGCGCAGGGCUACCCUGGGGACUGGACAACUGCAGAGUGAGCUUUGGCAGCUGGCGGGUGACUCAGAUGCCCAUCCUGCCCUGCCCAGCAGGGCCCCCAGGUUUCCAGGCACCUCCCCACUGCCCCUCACCCAGAAGCUUUUGUUCUCCUGUUUUCUGUACAUCUCCAGGGCCACCUACAUGUGGACCAAAGACCCGGGAGCUAUGGGAACUAGAGGAAGGAGCACCUUUCCCAGAUUUGCACAAAGUUACUGUGAGUGACCUUGGGGGCUGGUCACCAUGCACUCCUCGAGCAUGUUGUGUGCACCCUCACCUAUCUGCCUCGGUGGCAGAUAAGUCCCAGGGCCCCGUCCCCAUGGCAGGGAACUCCUUGCCUGGAACACAGUGGGGAUAGCAUUUCUGGGAUGAAGGGCCAUCCACAUGGGCUGGGCCCUGGGCCAUUACUCGGGCAAGUUUCCCCCCUACAUCGGGGCCCAGCAGGCAGAAACUGGGGAGGGCACACAGGUGCCUGUGAAUGGUGCCAGGUACCAAGGUCACCACAGAAUCAGGGGCUGGAUGUCCUGGUCCUGGGUUGAGGGGAGUGAAGGUCAGGGGUGGGAAAGGACGGGGGUAGGGUCUGUAGGCUGAGCAGGAGGAGGGCACUUGGUGGCCGAAUGAAGUGGGCAGGCAGGAUUCUGCAGUUCCACACCUGGGGAACCAGCCCUCAGAGCCCCUGUGCCUGCACCUGGUAGGGAAGCAUCAGCUGCAGCCAGUCUGCAGGUGCGUCUGGGAACCACAUCACAUGUGAGUGCCACUGUAGCAGGGGUCCUGCCCCUUGGGGCACACACCUUCCAUCACGUGACACCCCUGAGGCGAUCCCAGGGGCAGCUCACUGUUGGUCUCCACUAAGUAUGAGACAACAGACACUGUGCAGAACCUAGGGAGGCGUGACAUGCCUGGGGGGGGGGGACUUGGGGGCUUCCUGGGGUUCUGCCUGGAGGACUCCCAGAGGGACAACCUGUCACUAAUGUGGGAGACCCAGGCAGGGCUGCACUCUCAGCUGGGCAGGGUCUGACCGUGAUGCCUGGGGAGACCCUAGCAGGGCUGCAGGAGUGGGGACCCCUGCGACGAGAAGGGAAGGCAUGUAGGAUCUGUGCUCAGAAGGCCCCUGAUGUGAGGAAGGCCAGAAGACACUGGCAGGGACCCUGGGGAGGUUUCCUGGGCUGGUAGCACUAAAGAUAGCCGUGGAGUCUGGCUCCUGGGAGAAUAUCGGGAUUCAACAUGGACAGCUGGCCCUGACAGGUGCAGGGGCAUCAGCAGGCCGUCCCGGUGUUCUGAGCCAGGUGGGAGCCCCCUCAGCCUUCAGGAAGGGCCCUGGGCCAAGGGAAGUCUCCCUCAGCUUUAGGGGUCUUCCCCGGGCAGCCAUGUACAUAGGGCACGUGUGCCUGUGUGUGCCCUCCACUGGUCCCCUCCCCGUCUCCCCCGCCCCACUGGAAGCUACUGGUAUGUGCUCCCUACCAGCACUCUGGCCUCAUCUUCAGCCCAAGAGACAUUUAUUUUUGAUUCUGGAAGCAGGAGUUGCUGAGGAGUCCUGUUUAUUUUAAAAUCCAGGGAAGGGAAAACACACUCAUCACCCGAGGUCAUCUGCCUAGCUGCUCAAGGGGGUAGGGGUGUGCACUCUGGAUUGCCGCAUGGCAUGUUGGUGAAAGAGGGUUAUUUUGUGCCUCGUGGGGUCAACGUGUGCGUACAGUCUCCUCAGGGAGCAAUGAGGGGGCUUGGGAAGGCCCUCCCCCCACCCCAGGCCGGGCAGAAGCACCAGUGGAGGCAUCAGGCAGAGGUCUCAGAGUCCUUAGAGAAGAGCCUGGUGACCCUGUAGGAUGGGCCUCCUUAUUCCCACCGCCAUCCCAGGAAACAGAGCAGGUGAUUUUCCAAUUUCUCGGCUGGAGUCCCAGAGCCAGGACUCCAGAGCAAGCUGCCGAGCCAGAAGGGCCUCCCUCCAUGCAGAUUUACUGAGCACCUGCUUUGUGCCCUGGAGUUUUAGCCUCUGCAUUCCAUUCUCUUUAGAUUUAUAGUUAAGCUGUCUUUGGAAACAGAAGGGUAUGGAAGAGUAGGGAAAAGUGGGCUCCCUCCGUCGUAUUGGGGGCCCUAGUGAGCCCCAAACUCUGGUUCUCAGGGAGCUUCUGCCUGGAUCCGUGCAGGGCCCAAGGGGGUGAGUGGUCCUCCUGUCAGCCCACCCCCACCUGAUUGCCUUGGGAACCAUGUAUCCGCACAGCCAGCGCUGUUGGGAGGCCGGCUGGCUGGUCACCACUGCCCCAUCUUUGGGCAGUCUCUGCACAGCUGCAGCUGACCUGUCACGUCUUCACCAGGACUAACCACAGAAGUGGGGGAAACCGGCUACUCUGAGGGGGACAGAGUAACCGGCAGGUUUACCCCCUACCCGUCCCACUUAAGCAGCAGAAGUGGGAGAAUGAGGGCCCAUCUGGGGGCUCUGUGGACCCAGGGGCCCUGAUUGAGGUGGACCUUGGAGCUUCGAACUGCAGGGUCCGGAGGGCAGCAGUCAGGGAGCAGGCCUGCUAGCUCCCAGGAAGACCCCAGCCCCCUGUGCCGGAGAAGCUCCUGCUCUGCUCUGUUCUGCCAGGGGACUGGGGACUGAGACUGGGGGUGGGGGUGGCUGGAAGGGGCUCCCAAGGCAGUGCCGUCCCAGCAGGGGGUUCUGAGGCCACCAUAAUCAGCGAGGCCUGAGUGCAGAGGGUCUGGCCACAGCCCCCGCCCUCCCCCCCCCCCCCCCCAAAUGCGCGAGGAGCCUGGGGACCAGGGGGCCAGCGCUCAGGUCACACUUAGUACCUAGACCCGGUAUUCCCUGUCCAAAACCUCAAACCCCUUUCCCGGCCAAGGCCCCCUCCCAGUCGGUCCUUGAGGCUGACCUGGGACGGCCAGGGACCUGGACAGGCCUGGGCGGGGCUGCAGGCCGCACUCCAGCCGCCCGGCGUGCGUGGUGGUGGGCUCCUUCCCCGACUUUCCAGGCCCUGACGGGAGAGCCCUGGCAAAGCAGGAGGAUACGGUGCCAUCUAUUUUACACUUUGUGACUUUGACUUGUAGUUUUCAAAUAUUUGGACAUAUAAUGGGCGGGCUCGAUUGCUGCUCAACCCGGCCUGACAGCGUCCGGGGCUGCAGGAGACGUGGCGGGAGGCCAGCGCCUCACACCCAGGACAAAAUCACCCGCGCCGCCCAGCCAGAACCCUCUUGCUCGGCAGUCGCGCACGCGCAGCUGGUCGCGAACAGCGCGUCCGGUGACUUCCCCGCCCGGAGCGGUCGCACGCCGUUCCACCUCCGCCCACCGGGGGGCGCAGCGGUGCCCUUGCUCGUCGCCAACGGCGCAUGCGCUCGCCCUGGUACGCUUUUACGUCUCCGCGGCUCUCCCAGCCCUUGCGGCGUCCUCCUCGGAUUGUGCUUCCGGCGUGAAGGUUACCGACAAGAUGGUGCCGCCGGUGCAGGUCUCUCCGCUCAUCAAGGCUACCUGAAACCCCGGGCGGAAGAGGAAAGGAGGAUAGCCGCUGAGGAGAAGAAGAAGCAAGAUGAACGGAAACGGAUUGAGAGAGAGCUGGCAGAAGCCCAAGAUGACAGCAUACUAAAAUGAGCCUGCCUCGCUGGAAGUGUGGAUGAAUAAAAUUUUCUUUCUUGUUA